GGUAAUCUUAGCAACUGUAAACAAAUCAGGCUGUAAGUUAAAUGUUCGUAUCCGGGAAUCGGAGCUUGACCUGUCGACCGCCAUACCCGAAGCAGUUCAGGCAGUAUGGCGAGUAAACAGUCUUUACAAGCUCUACAGGAUUGUGCUCAGCACCAAGUAGAUCAAGCAAGAGCACUCCAAAAUGCUAUAAGGAAAUUGAACUCUGCAAAGAAAGAGAAUGAGGUUCUACAACAGCAGGAAACAUUAUUGCAGUUCGUUGAGACAUUGAAGAAAGAACUGCAAGACUUUCAGAGCAAAGCUGGCACUGUUCACCAUGAGUUAGCUGUGUCUCUUGGGUCAGAGGAAGCUGAUGGAAUAGACAAUGAGGAUGGUGGACAGAAGGGAAAAGGUGGACAAGAUGGAGGAGAAAAGAAAAAGAGACUACCGAUGCCAGAGGAUCAAGAGACAGCUUAUCAACUCAAGGCUCGUAUGAUGCCACAAAUUUAUGCUCAGAAUACAAACCUCAAGGCAGAACUAGUUCUUAUGAACAGGAGAAAUGAGCUGAGAGCACAAAGGAAGGAGAGACAAGUCAACUACAAUAGAGAAUCGAAUUUGUCUGCUGUUACAACUCUGAGGGCUAUACAAAUGUAUGAGAGGAAGGCUAAAGUGGCUGAAACACGAGCAUCUGACCUCCAAGCUGAAUUGGAUGAGCUGAAAGGGCAGAGAGGAAAUAAACCUGUGCGUUCAUCAAAAUCAGCAGAACCUCCUACAUCACAGAGCUUCCUUGGGCCAAAUAAUCGUGUAAAUGAUGUUAUAAAGAAAAAUGAGUAUCUGUUAGAAGAGAAUCAAGAUCAAAGGCAUGAGAUACAGAGGCUCAAACAAGACAAUGCAGAACUGAUAAGAAAAGCAAAGGUUGCUCAACAAGAUCGGCAUCAAAUCAUGGCUCAGUUGAGCACAAGUGAAAUGGCACGGAAAGACUUAUCAACACGACUGCAGAAACAGAAAGCUCAGCAUGAUAGGCUGUCUCGCAGUCUCACCAGACAAUCAUCUGACUGGAUUGAAGCUCGUAAACAGCAAAACCAGUCAGAAGAGGAAUGGAGAUGGAAAAAUGUUGGAUAUGCAGCAGCCCAUGGAAGUCAUGAACGGACGUAUGCACACCACGUGCAGAAAAAUGUUGAUCAACCAAGAUACAUGUAUCCGGUAGAAAAAUAUGCUCAGUCUUCCGCAGCGUGAUUUACCUGACAAGGCCAUCAAUGCUUUUAUGUACAUUGGCAGAUAUCAUUUCUUAUGUUAAUGUAUUUUACAUUAACUCAAACUUAGUUAAACGAAAAAAAAUUGUAUGUAUUUAAGUUGCCAUACAGAAUUGUUUUCCCUGUUUGGGAGAUGUGACUCUUGCUGUUCAAGAUCUGAAUAGCAGAUGUUUUCAUUAUUAACAGCCCAAUAAUGUGUCUUGAGCAUUUUAUACUUAUUGAAUAUAUUUUCAUCAACAUUCUUAACCGUAAAAGAAAAGCUGUGCCUUAUGAAUACUUCUUCUUUUUCAUGAUACCACUAAUGGAAUUAAUAUAUUUUCACUGUGAGCAACUGCAAGUUUCACAUACAUACGACAUUGUGGAGUCAGGCACUCGUCAAUUUUUGGGCAUGUACAGUUAUUGAUAUCUUCUGAAAGCUUAUUCAUUUGCUUUGCU